UGCCACGUCACAUUGAUGACGCUAAUCACCGGAAAAUCAAUGCAUUAGCGCCGAUUUUCCCCAAAAUCCGCCUUCUUUUUGACUGUGUUCAGCUCACCUGCAUAAACUGCAAGCGCAAUUAAGCAAACGACCUAAGGCAGUUUCAGCAACACGAAAUUUGCCGGCUAGAUUGUGUAAUUCAAAGCAAAACCCUGGGUUUGGGCCAUAACAGAUAUACUCAGUAAUGAAAAAUUGAUUGAUCGAUCGCCAAAUUUGAGCUCUGAUCCUUCGUCAAUGGCUGCCCCUUUCUUUACGACGCCUUUCCAGCCUUUUGUUUACCAGAGCCCGCAAGACGCUGUAACAGCUUUUCAGAUAUUGGGUGGGGAAGCUCAAAUUGUUCAGAUAAUGUUGAAGCCACAAGAAAAGGUCGUUGCAAAGCCUGGUUCCAUGUGCUACAUGUCUGGGUCAAUACAAAUGGAAAAUGUCUAUAUGCCUGAAAAUGAAGCAGGUGUGUGGCAAUGGGUUCUUGGAAAAUGUGUUACUAGCAUGGUUCUCCAGAAUACUGGUUCAACUGAUGGGUUCGUGGGAAUUGCUGCACCUACUCUUGCAAGAAUUAUCCCGAUUGAUUUAGCUCUUUUUGGUGGCGAAAUGUUGUGCCAGCCGGAUGCCUUUUUUUGCUCAAUAAAUGACGUAAAAGUAAAAAAUGCUGAUCCGAGGGCACAGAAUGUUAUCACUAGUGCUGAGGGAUUUUUGAGGCAGAAAAUAUCUGGUCAAGGACUAGCAUUUAUAGUUGGUGGCGGCUCUGUUGUCCAGAAAAAUCUCGAGGUUGGUGAAGUUCUAGCAGUUGAUGUCUCUAGCAUCGUUGCAGUGUCAGCAUCAGUAAACGUACAAAUCAAAUAUAAUGGUCCUAUGAGAAGGGUGCUCUUUGGGGGUGACAAUAUGGUUACUGCUCAUUUAACUGGGCCUGGUAUUGUCUUCAUCCAGAGCAUGCCCUUUCGUCGGCUUUCUCAGCGCAUUGCAAGGGCUGUGACAUCUCCAAAUAUGAGGGACAAUCCCAAGUUUAUAUUCCAGAUAGCAAUCCUUUUCUUUAUAGCGUAUAUUGUUGUGUCAUCACUAAUCUUAACUGACAUAUGAAGUUGAAUUCGUUUAGAUGAUAUUAAAAGUCCAAAUUUUGGACUACUUGUGCUUCUACUUUUGUUGUGAUCAAAACAGAACAGACGAGACUUCCAAUGGAUAUAUUAUUUUCAUCUCUUUAAAA